UUUUCAUCUCACAGUUACUAGCCAAGCCAAUGCUCUCUUUGUUUUCUUUCCAUUCUUUCAUUUAUUUAUAUUUCCUAACUAACACAUUUAUAAAUAUUAUUCCUCCCCUUCUCCUCCUCAAGUGGUUUGUUUGCUGCUCUACCACUGAAUUCCCUUAUAAUCUUCUCCAUCCUUUGGAGGGUAAGUCUUCCUCAAACAAAUUCAGCUUAACUAACACAUUUAUUAAUAUUAUUCCUCCCCUUCUCCUCAAGUGGUUUGUUUGCUGCUCUACCACUGAAUUCCCUUAUAAUCUUCUUCAUCCUUUGGAGGGUAUUGGCCCAUUGAUUGAGUGUUCCAGCAGCCAACCCAAAUUUCUAUUUGUGAUUUUGAGUUUCAAGUUAGUUAUUCUCUUCAUUUUGAUAGCCCUUUGUGGUUAGGUUCAUUUAUUUUUGUCAUCAUCAUGAGUUUGGCCUGGCUGCUGCUGCUGCUGUUGAUGCUGCAUAUGCCUAUUCUCUUCAACGUAAGAACAUUCUCUGAGGCAGUUUCAAAACCUCCUGAUGUUGUGAAUAUUGGAGCAAUAUUCACAUUUAAAACCAUCAAUGGAAAAGUUGCAAGGAUUGCCAUGAAUGCUGCUGUUGAAGAUAUUAAUUCUGAUUCCAGUAUUCUUGGCGGAAAGAAACUGGCUAUUUCGAUGCAUGAUUCAAACUUCAGUGGAUUUCUCGGCAUUAUUGGGGCAUUACAGUACAUGGCGACUGACACAGUAGCUAUUAUUGGUCCACAAUCAUCCGUGAUGGCUCCCGUACUCUCACAUCUGGCAAAUGAACUCCAAGUCCCCCUCUUGUCAUUCACCGCAUUGGACCCAACCCUCUCGCCUCUCCAGUAUCCCUACUUCAUCCAAACAGCACCCAACGAUCUAUAUUUGAUGACUGCCAUUGCAGAUAUGGUUAGUUAUUUUCGUUACAAAGAGGUCACUGUCAUUUUCUCUGACGAUGAUCAAAGCCGAAAUGGCAUAAGUGCACUGGGUGAUCAACUCGCAGACAGACGCUGUAAAAUUUCUUAUAAAGCAACACUUCCCCCUGAUCCCUUAGCAACUCGAGACGAUGUUAAGAAUGAAUUAGUCAAGGUUAGACUGAUGGAAUCUCGAGUAAUUGUUCUACACACUUACACGAUAACAGGCCUUUUGGUUUUUGAUGUGGCUCAGUCUCUUGGAAUGAUGGAUAGCGGGUAUGUUUGGAUUGCUACUACUUGGUUAUCUAGUGUUUUGGAUUCUAAGUCGCCAGUUUCUCCAAAGAUUGCCAAAUCCAUCCAAGGAGUUCUCACAUUUCGUCUCCAUACCCCCGAUUCAGAAAGGAAAAGGAAUUUCUCAUCUCGGUGGAAUCAGUUGAGUAACGGCUCUGUUGACUUGAAUGCCUAUGGUCUAUACGCUUAUGAUACUGUUUGGAUGAUUGCUAAAGCAGUUAGAGCGUUUUUGGAUCAUGGUGGCACCAUUUCAUUCUCCAAUGAUUCCAAUUUAAGUGGUCUAAUAGGGGGAGGGGCCCUGAAUCUUAGUGCAUUGAGCAUUUUUGAUGGAGGGAAGCAGUUACUUAACAACAUAUUGCAGACCAACAUGACAGGUCUAACCGGUCCUAUUGGUUUUAAUCCAGACAGGUCUAAAAUGCAUCCCUCCUACGAUGUCAUUAAUGUUAUUGGAACUGGGUUCCGGCAGAUAGGAUACUGGUCUAACUAUUCUGGGCUAUCUGUCGUGUCACCGGAGGUGCUUUACACCAAAUCACCUAACCGCUCAAGUUCCAACCAACAGCUUUAUAGUGUGGUAUGGCCUGGAGAUGCAACAACUCAACCUCGUGGUUGGGUGUUUCCAAACAAUGGGAGGCAGUUGAGAAUUGGCGUUCCAAACCGUGUUAGUUAUCAAGAUAUUGUUUCACUAGGCAAAGGUACUGAUACAGUCCAAGGAUAUUGCAUAGAUAUUUUCCUUGCUGCUAUAAAGUUGCUUCCAUAUGGGGUACCUUAUAAGUUCAUUCCAUUUGGAGAUGGUCACAAGAACCCAAACUAUAAUGAGCUUGUGAAUAUGAUCACAUCGAAUGCCUUUGACGCUGUUGUUGGUGAUGUUGCAAUUGUCACAAACCGGACAAGGAGCGCGGACUUUACUCAGCCUUACAUAAAAUCGGGGCUCAUCAUAGUGGCACCAAUCAGGAAGUGGAAAUCGAGUGCUUGGGCAUUCUUGAAGCCAUUCACUCCAUUAAUGUGGGUAGUCACGGCAUCCUUCUUCCUUAUAGUAGGAGCUGUGGUGUGGAUUCUUGAACAUAGGAUAAACGAUGAAUUCCGGGGGCCACCUAAGAAACAGCUAGUCACAAUUUUGUGGUUUAGCUUCUCAACUAUGUUUUUUUCCCACCGAGAAAACACAAUGAGCACGCUUGGUCGCAUGGUUUUAAUCAUCUGGCUAUUUGUGGUUUUGAUUAUUAUCUCGAGUUAUACUGCAAGCUUGACAUCAAUACUCACAGUGCAACAGCUAUCCACAUCCAUCCAAGGAAUUGAAAGCUUGAUAACUAGCACUGACCGGAUAGGAUUCCAGGUAGGGUCUUUUGCUCAAAACUAUUUAAGUGACGAACUCAACAUCGCCAAAUCUAGGCUUGUUGCGCUUAGAUCGCCAGAAGAGUAUGCUAUGGCCCUGCAGAACAGAACUGUUGCUGCUGUGGUUGAUGAACGGCCAUAUAUAGAUAUCUUCCUCUCCACCUAUUGCAAGUUCUCCAUUGUUGGUCAAGAGUUCACUAAAAGUGGAUGGGGAUUCGCAUUUCCAAGAGACUCUCCCUUAGCCAUCGACAUGUCAAAUGCGAUUCUCACACUGUCAGAGACCGGUGAACUUCAAAAAAUCCACGACAAGUGGCUGAACAAGAAAGUUUGUGGUUCGCAGACCUCUCAGCUUGAAUCAAACAAUCAGCGUAAUUUACAAAGCUUCUGGGGACUGUUUGUCAUAUGUGGGAUCGCAUGCUCUAUUUCUCUGCUAGUAUAUUUCUGCUCGAUGCUGCACAAAUUCAGCCGAUACUUCCCAGAAUCAGACGAUGAACCUUCUUCUAGUUCUAGAAGUGGCAGUUCUCGUUCUGCAAAAGUCCAGAGAUUCUUAUCAUUUGUGGAUGAGAAGGAAUCGGCAUCAAAAAGCAAGUUGAAGAGAAAACGGACAGAUGUGUCAUCUAAUAGUGCUAGUGGGAGGGAACUUGAAUCAGUAAAUGGAUCAGAAAGAACAGAAAUUGGCAAUUCAGAGAGAGGAGAAAUCGGCAAUUCAGAGGAGCGUGAGAGGGAUUAUGGAGCAGAUACCACCUGGCUUCAUUAACAAGUGUCGUAGCAAGAUCUAUACUUGUUUCUCUCAAAUUUUAUUCCAAAGACACUUCACAAGAAGUUGCUGGCAUUGUAUUUAGUGUAAUAAUAUAUAUGAAGUAUAUGGUAAACCAUAAGGUAAUUAACAAACAAUUAGAUGAAUAUGUAUAUAUAUAUAUAUAUAUUUUUUCACAAGGUAGAAUGUUAGAUGUUAGUAGGAAAGUUGGAUUAUACUAAAGAGUAUUCAUCAUUGCUCCAUCAGGUGGAAUCUCAGAUCACGCCGCAUCCUAGGGCCGGCUACACAACCACUAUGACAACUUCCAGGGUAGAAUAUGUAUAGUUAGAUUACCAAAUUAUGAAUGAAUAUGUAUUAGAUCCCCAAAUAAUAUUGCUCAACUUGUAUUUAAUUAAUGCUA